CCUCCGGGGUGUCCGCGCAGACGUGCACGCGCACAGCGGCGAAGGCAGCAGCUCUGGAGCUAAAUGCUACAUGCUAAAGGUUAGCUACCAGCAGCAGCAGCAGCAGCGAGUUAAGUAGAAAAUGGCGAUCAUGCAGGACGAAUGCCUCCCCUCGUAGAUGCUGCAAACGCGUUCAAGAAAUUAUUUUUAGCCUUACAGUCGGCUUUCCUUUUCCACUCUGUUGCACUUUAUUCUUCAAUGAGAUUCGGAAUUGGAAGCUUUUGUCACCAAAGAAACUGAAGCAUCUUAACAGGGAACCCACCCACAGAAGGAAGAACUGUGGAUGGAAGAGAGUGAGAAACAGUGUGUGAAAAGGAAGGGAGGAUAAGACUAUACAAUACUGGACAAAAGGACUAGUGCAUACAAGGUCCUCAAUCCAAACGGGAUCCCCCUUCCCAAAUACACACAUUUCAGUGUUCAUCAAGUCCUCAGCGAUGCCAGGGGGGCCUGAUCAACCAGUUGCCCACUCUGAACAACCCAGCGUCUUCACCCCAGACCCUUGAGGGUUUACCUGGUAAAGAAGUCCCUCCUCUCCCUCGUCAACCUGAGAACCAGAGGAAACCAGUUUGCCAGUCAACCCGGGGAGGCCCUCAAGCCCAGCCACGAGCUGCAGCCACGUGCUGCCCUCACAGCCUAAGAUCUGUUUGACAGCCUUUCCUCUCUCUCUCUCUCUCUCUCUCUCUCUCUCUGUCUCUCUCUCUUUCUCUCUCUCUCUCUAGGCAUGGCUCCCAUUCGGGAUUCCGUGAGCCAUUCCCCUAAUCAGACAGGCCUGGAACACCCUGACUUGGACUCACAGUAUGAGCCCUCUCCCUGGUCUUCUGGCUCUCCCUGCAGCGGUGACAGCAACAGCAAUUGGGGAAAGGUCCUAGUGGACGGAAGCACAGACAAAGCCAACAACCCCUCCUCAACUAAUUCUUCUGUCUGGCCCCCUUCCUCUUCUUCUUUCUCCUCUUCCUCCUCCGGCUGUGGGUCAGGAUCAGACCCCGAGUUGGCGUCAGAAUGCAUGGAUACAGACUCUAGCCAGUCAACUGGCUCAGAGAAUAACUUGGCAGCAAUUGCUGUGACAACUGGGAUGAUGUCAGCAAAUGCUUCUUCCUCCGAGUCUUCUCCAACAUUCACUACUUCCUCUGCCAUGGUGGUUGGCAUUUCACUGAAUGGAGAUGGCAAUGGUCGUCAGGUUAAUGGUGGAGGAGUUGGAACAAACUGUGGUGCAACAAAUGGAAAUAGUAACAUUACCGGACAUCCUCAAUUUUCUGUGGCCGUGUCCGGCAGUAUUGGCAGCAAUAACAUGGGUAACCACAACAAGCUCGUUAAUAACAGCAGUGUUUGGGGCACCCAGUCUGGCAACACCAUGAUGACUUCCACCGAAAGCACCACCUGCAUAAAUGGAGGAUCAACUCCAAAUACUGCAGCCCCAAAUGCCAACCAUGGUGCCUGGCCACAAAAUCCAACCCCUAGCCCAAUGUCCCAGGGCCAACGGUCUCUACAUCCUCAGGGGAUGAAAUCAAAAUUGGGUAUAGCACCCCAACAGGGCCCCUUGCUGGGAUGGGGUGGCAUGGCAGCUCCAGACAAAAACAGUAUGACGGAAGACACUGAGGUGAAUAAUGGUACGUCCAGCAGCAAUGUGUUAGGAAGCAGCAACAGUGGAAAUGGUGGCCUGCAGCCCACCAACCUUAACACUGAAUCAAAUGGACCAAAUAACACUAUGAUGAUGAAUACUACUACUACUUCAACUACUACUACUACUACUACUAACACAACAAUGACCUCUAUUCCACCAAACUCUCUGGCCUCACCUCAACUGAGCGGGGAAUGUUCCUGGGGCUCAGUUGGAGGAACAGGGAGUGGUGGUCUGCUGCCCAAUGGAAACCCUUCAUCUGCCCCUCAGCGCCUCCAUGGAGAGAUGGUGGGUCCCGGAACCUAUGGUACGCCUUGGGAUACAUCUACCUACUCUGGAGAUAAGGGUCCCCCAAAUUCAGACACUGUGAACCCGCAAAGCCCUGCCUUAAUGCAGGCUGGGAAUUCCCAUAUGUCCUCUACUGCUGCUUUUAAGAGUAAUAAUAACCACCAUAACUCUGGGGGUUCACGCUGGGAUCAGGGGCCUGCCAGUAACCCAAAUCAGAGUCAGAGCAACAACCCCUGGGCUGUCAGUACAAAUCAAAUCCCCGGCUCUACAGGACAAAUACAAGGGACUGUGAACCAAACUACAAUGAGCUCUCCUUUAGGGGUACCUCGCCCUUGGGGAAGCAGCGCAUCAUCCUCCUCCUCCUCCUCUUCCACGUCUAACAAGAUGUCAAAUGGAGAGUGGCGAACAACCCAUGGCAACAACCAUUCGGAUGCUGAAAGUCACAAAGGAAGUGCUGCUAACAAUGGCUGGAAGAGCCUGGAGGAUGAUGCCAUAGGCAUGGUAGGUGGGGGGCCCAGUAGCGCAAGCCUAGCAGGUGUAUCAGAAGAAUGGGCCCGCACCGGAGGAAGUGAGGGAAGUGCCGAGAGCUCUGGAGGCCAAUCCAGCUCAGACCGGGAUAAUGUCCUGUCAAAAGGCGGGAACCGAAGAAAAGCCAACAAUCCAACACCAGUCAUAUCUUUUCAGAGUCGAACUGAUGUCGACCCAAGGGUUCUAUCCAAUACUGGAUGGGGACAAACCCCCAUAAGACAGAACACUGCUUGGGAUGUUAGUUCCACCAACAAACAGCAACUGGCUCUCAGAGGAGAUGAAAGAAAACAACGCUCUGGCUGGGGAACAGCAGCACCAACACAGGCAGCUCCUAACCAGACCUCUGGAGGUUGGGGCAACAGUCCAGGUUGUGUCGGCCCAGAUACAGGAAGCUCUGGUUGGGGAGAGCCGAGCUCAACCGCUGGGUGGGAUAACAAAGGCCCAGCAAGUGGAGGUGGCUGGGAUAAUGGAUCCAGUUACAAAGGAGGCAGUAACACCAGCAAAGAUGACAGACAUUCCUCCCUCCCAUCCAGAUCCAAUACAUGGACUGUUCCCAAACAGCAGCAGGGCUGGAGCUCCAGCAGUGGCAAUGGAGAUGAAGGUUGGGGUAUUACAGGAGACUGUCCCAGAGCAGCGUCUAACAACCACUGGGGAGAUCCCCACAAAGGUGCUGGGUCAGUGGGCUGGGAUAGCGACAGCGACCGAUCAGGUUCUGGAUGCUGGAGUGAGCCAGGGCGAACCAAUACUAGCAGCAGUAACACCUGGGGAGGAAGUGGAGGAUCAAAUACUCCAGACCAGAGUACUCCAAACCUAGGCUCCAACUGGGGUGACUCCAAACCAAACCUUCAAAACAAGAGCCAAGGUUGGGGAGAGCCAGUGAAAAACAACCAGGGUGCCCAAAACUGGGGUGACUCCAAUUCUAAGCCCUCUUAUACUUCCAACGAGUGGGGAAAAGGUCCCGACUCCAACAUGUCAAGAACCAACAACAAGCCUACAGGCUGGUUGGGAGGGCCCAUGCCCACAGUCGGUCAAAAGGAUGAAGUGGCAACUGGGUGGGAGGAGCCUUCUCCAGAAUCCGUUCGUCGACGGAUGGAGGUUGAUGAUGGAACCGCAGCGUGGGGAGAUCCUGUGAAAUACCAUGGUGGAGCUGUCAACCUGUGGAACAGAACCGGCCAGUCAGACCAGGACAGCAUGGGCCCGUCUUCUCAACACCAAUCUCACACAUCACAUGGCUCGACACAUCAUUCUCAGCCUCAUGAACAAGACAAAGGUGGUUGUUCAGGUUGGGGUGAGCCUUAUCACCAGCAGAAAGAGUCCUCAACAUGGGGUGAACCCACCUCUGCUCCGCCUGUGACUGUGGACAAUGGGACAUCUGCCUGGGGGAAGCCAGUGGACACUCGCUCUAGCUGGAAUGAACCCACCCGGGAUAAUAGAGAGCCUGCAUCUGGAUGGGGAGGUCGUCAUAAGUCUGGUCUUGGUUCCAAACCAAUGGAUACAUGGUGUGGUGAGGAGUCUGUGAGUAACAGUUGGGAUCAGGAAGAGGAAGUAGAGAUUGGCAUGUGGACUAACAACCAACAGGAUAACAGAUCACAUGACCAAAACACCUGGAACUACAAGCAUAAGGGAUCCUGCAAGGUGAAUAAAGCAAUCAACAAACCAGACGAGCCGUGGAUGAAACCCUUCAUGAACCAGUUCAACAACAUGAGCUUUUCUAGAGACUCUCCUGAUGAUUCCAUGAAAACUGGAGCAGGUAUGGUGCAGGACAAGCGCAUGGACACAAUGGAUUUCAGUGGUGUAAUGGGGAAGAAUCAUGGGUCUCAACACCAGCUCCCCAAAGAGUCCCCCAUGGAUCGCAGCUCUUACUAUGACAAGAAUGUAAACCCAAUGUUGGGUGGCAGCAGUUUAGCACAGGGCCGCGGUGGACUGCAAUCACAACUCCCUCAUCCCAACUUCCGUAACCAAGUGCCUCCUCCCAUCAUGCCCUCUCAGGUCCCUCCAACCCUGUUGAAAUACCCAGGUGGUAAUGGAGCCCUGAACCCUCUGUUAGGCCCUCAGCAGGUGGCUGUGCUUAAUCAGCUGUCCCAACUCAACCAGUUGAACCAGCUACAGCGUCUUAUCUUCCUGCAGCAGCAGCAACAACAGCAGCAGCAACAAAAGGCUCAAAACCAGAGGGUGAUGCCUGUGGGACGACCGCCUGAGCAGACGCGUCCUAUUGGUUCAGCUCCAUCAAUGAUGCAGCCACCACGUCACCUGGACCCUUCUUUGCUGAAGCAGUCCCCAGCCCUCAAACCAUACCUGGAUAGCUACUUACCCCACAAUAGCCCUGAGAUGCAGAAGGAUGCUUCCAGUCUUGGGUCCUUCAGCAACUUCCCUUUAAGCUUGAACUCUAACCUGAAUGUAUCCUUGGACAUGGGUGUUGGUACUAAUGCUGGCGGAGCUUUAGGCUACAAAGAACCGCCCCAGUCCAGACUGAAGAAACUGUGGGUUGCUGACCCUCUGGAGCAGAACAGCAAAUCUGGUGCUAUUU